GUCGAGCGGUCGAUUUGGUACAGAUUUGGUGCAGAUUUGGUGAUGUUGGGAUCCAGAUUCUGGGUCUGUGCAGAUGUGAAGUUUGGACCUCUGCUCACCUACUUUUUCCUUUCUUGGGGCAUCUCACGCUACAUCCUGAGUGAAAGAGAAAGCGACCAAUCACAGCGUUUGGAGGCUUUUCGAUGCGGGCCUCAAAUGGUGGUUGUCAACAGUGUCAAACAACGGAAAGGCAACUUUGGAUGGCAGCCAGCUGUGUGGAAGCAGCCAGGUGGAGGGACGAAAGAGUCGUUGCCUUUGUCUCAGACUGCUGGCUGCGCCCGGGGUCCCAGCGUCUUCUUUGGUCGUGAUGCCAGAAGAGGUGGAGGGACGAAAGAGUCGUUGCCUUUGUCUCAGACUGCUGGCAAACAAUACUUGAACCGACCCUAUGCAUUAUGGAAUGUGGCUCCUCUUGUGAAGGCUGCGCCCGGGGUCCCAGCGUCUUCUUUGGUCGUGAUGCCAGAAGAGGACGCUGAGCCUCUGGAGAAAGGCAAAAGGAAAAGGGCCAAGAAGGCCGCCGCGCGCUUGAAGGCAGGCAGGCGUUCGGCUUUGCACGGUGGAGACUUCGUCUCCAGACCCACUGAUAACAUCUUGUUAUCAAGCGUGGGUUCAUGGCGCUUUGACCCUGGUGCCGUAAAGAAAUUGAUGCAAAUGAAGAAGAAAGCUGCAAAGAAGGCAGAAUCUGGUGACAGUUCAAUUCAAGCUAGACAACGUAACCGGAUGCUCCGCGUGUCGCAGGAAUCUCUCCAGAGGAUCUGGUCCGACUACUCCAGCAUCUUCAUCAGGCCUUUGGUUUUCUACCAGAAAGUCAUUAUGAGCUGUUGCUAUGACGAUCGACUUGGAGGCAGUUGGGCUCUGGAUACUGAAACCAAUCAUAUGCAUUGCGGAGCUGUGUCUCCUCAUAUUGAGGCCUCGCCGGGAGUGCCAGAGUCUUCUGUGGUCCCGACAGCGGAAGAGGUGUCAGUGGGCGUUGCCUACAGUACCUGCGUCCGCUGUGACACCGACAGCGGAAGAGGCAUUGCCUACGGUACCUGCGUCCUCUGUGGUAGAAGAGGAUUGGUGCCUGGGGCUCCAUCAGUUCCUGAGGCGUUGUCUACGGGAUCUGGAUCCUCUGUAGCACCAUCAGUGGAAGAGGCGUUGCCUACAGUACCUGCGUCCUCUGUGGCACCGACAGCCGAAGAGGUCACGACGUCGCCGAGAAAGCGGGCAUUGCGGCCUCAACGGGUUCAGGCGCCGAUGGCUGGCCUGCUUGGUCACGGCGUGUCAGCGCGACAGGGGCUACAUGUCCAUGUUGCCCUCUUUCACCUUGGUUCCGCUGAGCUUCUCGCAGAGUCCUUUCCGGUUGAGCUUCUGGGCACUGGGCUGAUGUGGUGCUGUGAGGAUACCCAGAGUCCUUUGCUUCGUGGCCACAAGCUUCGUUGGGAAAGAUACUUGGCCGAAGAGAACCUGACCGAAUCGCAGCUCCGUGAUGACUUCUUUGUCAUUUGCAAGACAGGCGGACCGCCUGAAUAUCAGAAGUGUCUCACUGUGGCUGGCGAUGUCUACCAAGCUUUGACGCUACUUGAAAAUUUCUUUGCAUUUGCAUUUCGGCUUCCGGAGUUCAUGGGUGUGCCCAAUUCUCUGACCUACCACAAUUCCAGUAGCAUUGACAUUGCCCCGUGGCUAUCUGAGAGCGAUCUCCCGAAUAGCAGUAUCGGAGAGAAGACGUACCCACUGUUGCAGCUGAAGAAUUUCGUGCCGCCAGAUUAUCGACGCCCCACUCUGGAGAUCCACCGGGAGCAUGGCAAUUUGGUCCAGUUAAUUCUCGGUGGCAAUCUGUGGCGCUGUCGACCGCUCUUGGGCAGUUUUCAAUGUGGCUACAGGCAUCGGGUGACGAAGCAGGAGUGUGAAAAAGGCCCAGACGCAGAGUUCGUUCGGUAUUCAGAGGCAUUUCCGCCUAAAGAUUUACAGAUGUGGCUGGGAAAAUUGCCAGACACUUUGUUCUGGGUGGAAGGUGCCGAUUCGGAGAUCAUGCAGACCUUACAAGCAUUCCCUCUCCUGGUCACAGCUUCGAGUAAGAGCGAAGCCGUGAAGGUCGAAGUGAAACCUAAGGUUGGCCUGCCCAAUGCAUCGCUCGGUUCUGUGGAUGCUAUCAGCUUAGCUCUCGAGAAGUCACAGUAUGCCGAACAACGUUGCCACUAUGACGUAGCCAGCAAGAGUGGCGAGUUCUUGCGGAAGUUUUUGACGGUAUUCCUGGUCGCCAUGAGUGGCGGGAACAAAGCUCGCGACGCGCGGCGCGCGAAGGCGCGAGCUGUCCGAAAGAGAGGCCAAGAGAAGGCAAUCCAGUCGCUGAUCAGAGGAGGGCUAUCCAUUCGAUCCUUCAAGGAGAAGAAAAUCAGCUGGCGGGUGAGAGAAGCCCACGCUGAGCAGCUGAGAGUUGCAAAGGCAUCACUGCCUGCCGCCCAACGCGAGGCGCGAACUGUUGGGCAGCAAUAUCUGGCUCGCUUCUACAGUUCCAUCGUUUCUCGGCUGACUUUGCUGCGGAACUUGAUGGCCACACGGCAGCAAGAUUCACAACAGUACACGCUUCGUCGCGCAGCCGGUUUGAACAUCCCGGACGCUCUGGCGGUCCUUGUUGUGGUCCGUUUCGUUUGCGUCACCAAGGCGAACUUCCAGUUCCUCGAAAAGCGAAUGGGUGAGGCAAUCACAGCAAAGGCCAUUGAGCGUGUGAUUUGGAUGCUCCCGAUUCUGGUGGCUGAGAAGGGGCCGUAUGGGCGCGGCAUUGGUCAUGACGUGUUCAUCGCCCGAGCCACGACGACCUUGCGCAGCUUCGCGCUUGCCCUGCAAACUGGCACUGUGGCUCUUUUCCUAGCUAUCACUGGAUGCAAAUUUUCUGCCUAUCAGGUAGAAUUGGAUAGCCAUUUCCUGUGGGAUAGCAAUGUCCGUGGACACGUGGGGACUGGUGCCACAGUGGGGAAACGCAAGGGUACCUUUCAGCGCCGUUUGCAGCGACCUUUUGCUUAUCAGGCGUUAGGUACUGCGGAGGUGCUCCGAGACGAUCGCUUUUCAUUUCCGAGGAUCUUUUGGGCGCCCGAGCUUUUUGCCAAAAACUAUGGCCUCAAGCCACAGAAUUACGACAUUGACAUUGCCAAAUUUGGCAUUGGUGAGGAAUACCAUGAGCAGUUUCAUCAGUGUUUACAACCACCCCGCCUCUGCGGCAUCUGCGCGUGCCCAAUCUGGGACAUGACCUGCGAACUGCUGGACUUCCGCGCCCCACCAUGCGACCUUGCUCAGCUGCAUCCCCUACUUUCUGGAACUCUUUUCCUCAAAGAAUUUGCCAACUAUGCCACUCUCGAUGUACCACCAGCUUUCCGUGGCCUAACACUCCAACGACUACAAGAAUUCUUCGUACCUGACGUUUGGCUCCUGCACCUUGCGCCAGAUGCUCAAGAAACAUGGAAAAUCGCAACAUUCGAUCCAACUGCCUCAUUGCAGUGCCUGGCAUGUGUCCCGUGUGCUCGGUCUUUCCGCAAAGCGUCGCCCACCUUGCCUCCAUCUGCAUUAGCCAACAACAAUCUCUGUCUACCAGCACCAGAGGAACUCCAGUCAUUGUCCUUUGGGGAACAACUUUUCAUUGCACGAGGGUUUGCUGUCCGUCGGCUCCGCACAUUGACUCCUUCUGGUGACCCAGAAGCACGCCAACAAGGCAUGCUUGGCACUACCAGUGCCAUCGCAUUCCCGCAGAAUGCCGCUACAAUUUUUUCACAACUUCCAGUCUCUGCAGCGCAGGUCUCUGACUACCUGAGUGUCUUCUUCACAGAUGCAUUGCAAAGCAACUUGCAUUUCUCCAAGGAGUUCGUCGUGAGACGCAGCGCAGUCCAUCGCGCUCUGCUCUGGCUCACGCAACACAACCCUUACUAUGCUGACAUCACCAUUGACAUGUCAUCCUUGCAAGACCUUCCUGCUAACGGUGUGCCACCAGCCUGGGCUGCUCUUGCUCAAGUCAGCCAAGAAUCUUUGACCAGGGAAUUUGGUCCAGUUGACGCAUCUACUGCUGGUGGAACAGAUUCCGCAAUUCAUGCUGCUGUUCUUGACCCUGGCGUCGACCACACAGACCCUUUGCAACUUUGGAAUACUGCUCUGCUAGCUUGCGAGCGCUACGAGCGUCAUGCCACCUCCAAUGCUGUUUCUGCCACUGCUGAUGUUCACGUAGUACAAUACGCUCUUCGAUCCCUGGCCUCCAGCAGCAACCAUCGCAUUUUCGAACAGGAUCUCAUCCAUCAGACCCGGCCCGCCCAAAGCAAAGAAAAGCUCUAUGUCGUUGUCCCCCAUGCCGACGAACCGCUUAACAGUUACGACCCUUUCUUCUGGACGGCAUGUUUCCCACUGCAAUUCCCAUACGGAGAUGGUAUUGAUGGCCAACCACGUCGAACAUAUCUCUCUGAUCAUGACUGGGGAAAACUUUUGCUCCUACGACGUGAUCGGCCCGUUCAGCUUCAUCCGAGAAAAGAUUUGGAUUUCAUUUCUGUUCUCUUUUCUGUGCUGCAUAGACGCCGUCUCCUUCGCGCAGUUCGCAUACGAGUCCAAGCCCCACAUUUCCGAGAGCAACUCCCUUCCUUUGUCAACCUUCAAGCUACUGACUGGACGCAAGUAGCAAGCACUGUCGGAGAGCAUGGCUCCAUCCCUGAUGCAUUGCGCUCUCAUGACAUUCCAAAUGCCAUGAAAGCCAUCCUUCGCUGCUUGCAAGCAGUGCAAGGACAAAUUCCCUGCACGGACGCAGCUCGACGCAUGAUGCGUGGUGAACUGACUUCUCUCAUCACUUAUUUUGGUUGUCCUUCACUAUUUGUUACGUUCAAUCCUGCUGACGUCUUGCAUCCCUUUACCUGGCGACGUGGUUUGACAACACCUACCACACCAUUACCACAGGUGCAACUUGAUCAGCAUCUUUUGUGUGCCCUCCGUGACGCCAAUCUGUGGCGAAUGGUCGCGCUUGAUCCGACGGCAGCAGUCGAAGCUUUCCAUCUACAUGUCAACACUUUCCUCUCCACGUUAUUGAAAGUGGUUCCAUCCGCCCAGCAGCUUCCAACAGAUGGCAUUGCUUCCAUUGACGGGCAAGGCAUCUUCGGUCCACUUAGCGACCCCCAUGUCUUAGUGCAAAACUUUGCUGCGCAACUCCCUCUUCUAGAAGAGCGACUUUGGGCAUGGAUCAACUCCAUCGUCGUCACAUCCUUCGAAGCCAUCCCCCCUAUGUUUGACUUGCCACGCUCAACGUUGGAAAACUUACGGCCCUUGCCAUAUUCCGAUGCACAGAUGAAGCUCAUGCAUCCACACUACCGGCCACACCUCGUCGCUGCCAGCGAUCAUUGGUUUGCGGCUGACCCCAUCAAUUUCCUGUAUGCCCAUGAUUUCAUCGACUGCCCAUUUGCUCUCGACAUGCCUGUGCAAAAGCCUUUUGUUCCUUGGUGCUUGGACUACCUUGCAACCACAAUCGCCCCACUGCACACAGACACUGCAUCCAUGCUCCUCUACGAUCUACGUGCUUCUGUGCUUUACAGCGGUCUUCUUCACUGCUGCCAACCAAAGACGUGUUACAAGGGCAAAAUUGGAAAGAGAGGCUAUUGUAGGCUAUCUUUCUGGCAUUGGCUACCUCUUGGCUUUCAUGUCUGGGAACGUUGUCACGGUAUUGAGCUUUGCCCCAAGCCUCUGCUUGGAACCAAGCCACCUCACAUCGACGCAUUUCAAACAGAACGGCACCAUCAGUUCUUCGGUCGCAUGAACCCUAUCAUACUGGCUACUUGCAAAUGCAACCAUGACAUCUCCACCCUUCUACGUUUUCCAGCCGACUACCUCCAAUCACCCAAUCCUGCUGCAUUGAUUCGCCGACGGAUGGCUCAGAACAUGUCCACCUUGGUGUUUUAUGUCAGUUGCUACACUACAAAGACACAACCCCACCUGGCUUCCUUGUGGACCUUACUUCAUACCGCAACACACAAACUGCAGCAAGACCUCGGCGCAGCUCAUGCAGGCAUGGACCACAAAGCUCGAGCACGCUCAACCCUGUCCAAAUUGCUGAUGUCCUGCCAACGGCGUAUACACAAGUCAGUCCAAGAAAUGAUUUCUUACCUGUUGGGCUACCCAGAGGCUUAUUCUACACAUUCCUUCCACAAACUCUACUUCUACCAUCUGGCUGCUCGACUCGAGAGCUCCGAACCGUUUGAUGGCUCACACCUCGCUUCCGUCGAAGCCGCAACGCCAUCUUCAGUUCUCAUCUUCCCUGAAGAAAGCAUUCAAGCUUGCUCUGACACCAACAACCACUUCAGACAGCCUCAGUUCUAUACUCCCUCCAGUGAUGAUUAUCCUUUUCGCGGCGACGAUCUACAAGGUUGGCCCCUCUACUUCUACGCAGCUGGUGUCACACGCAUUCCGACAUCCAAAACAACAUUCAAAACUCCCGGAAACAUUCCCUUCCUACCGCAGCAUCCACGCGCAACUUCGCUUCGACAGCAAGUCUUGACAGCAACUGCCUGGAAAAUACCACAUUUGAUGGGACCGCGAAUUCCACCGGUUACAGAAGAUGCCAACAAACGCGGUCUCUUACUUUUGCUUCUGUUCAAGCCUUGGGUUGAUCUCCACCAAUUGCUUCCCAGCUCUGUCGGCUGCGCCAGCUGGUCCGAAGCCUUUGACACUUGGUUUGCUGGUCUCCUUGCUUCACUACCAUCACCUUCUACACGUGCUUCCCCCUUGAGUGCUGAAUAUUGGGCACAACGUACACUGCAUAUCAUCAACCACAUCGACAACAUGGGGCUCUCUGACCCCACAACUGCUGAUCGCGAACUCCGUUGCAAUCCUGAUGAAUUGCACGGCGUCCCCGACACCACAACCGUGGAACAUGGUCCACCUCCUGGGCAACUUGAUUCCGACUCUGACGUCAGCUGCGAUCAAACCUACGACAUAGACUACGACGGCCGAUGCUCCAACUCCGUUGGCGCCAUCAACUUGAAACAAGCCGCCUACUUGCUCUUGGUUGGAACUGGCAAAACUUUCAUCACCAACUGCGCCGCCGACCUCUUGCACUUCUUUCUGCCUUCUUCCACCCUGCAGGCUGCUUUCACUCAUCGGGCCGCACGUCUAGUCGCAGGACAAACUCUGCACGCCGCUUUGGCCUUACCUUUUGAUUUCAGCACUGCUUCGGCAUCAGCAAUUUCUUCCCUUGGUUCCCAGAAAGAUGCAUUGAUUAGCCUCUGGCACAAAGUCACAACAUUUUUCAUCGACGAGGUGUCCAUGAUCUCCAACGAAAUCCUAGCAUUCAUCGAUCUGCGCUGUCGCCAAAUAUUCAAUUUACAUACUACUCCAUGGGGAGGUCUUGCUCUGCGAUUAGAUGGUGACUUUCACCAACUUCCUCCAAUCGGUGCUUCCUGCCUGAUCAACCCACCACGUGCCACUCAACCAGACGCAUCAACACCAACCUCAGCCUCUUCGCCCUCCUUGAUGCACGCUGCCGCAGGCGCAGCCCUUUGGCGAUCUAUUUCUGCAGUCCUGAUACUCGAGGAAAGCCAUCGCUGCAGAGGUCCACUGCAACAACUUCUACAGGAUUUACUUUCCGAUCAAGGCAUCCCCCACGAGUCCUGCCAACAUUUACACCAUCGACUCCUUCAAACUGCAGAUGCUCGCAUGUUCCAACCCAAAUUCCACCCCAGCACCUGCACAGUCGGUGUCAUGCGGCAUACAAUCCGUGUUUGCAAGACCAUGCAAAGAGCCCAGCAAGCCGCUCAAUCCGCCGGGCACCGGCUUGUCUUAGCUGUCGCUGCAGAUCGCAGCUCUUUCGGGAACCGCAACGUGACACUGGAUCCGACACUGGCACAGGAGGCAGCCGCAGUACACACUCUAUCUGCAACUGCAAAUCUACCUGGUUUUCUUGCAUUAUAUCCUGGUGUUCAACUUUGCCUUGAGACCAAACUCUGUCCAGAACUCGGCGUCGUUCGUGGCUGCACUGUCAUCGUCGACGACAUCGUAUUGGCAGACACUGAGCCGUCGUUUCCUCGCGACCCGACAUUGCCUCCACAUCCUUUAUUGUAUUUGCCACAAGCAUUGCUCCUGCGCGAUGACUACUGGAUCGCUUGCUUCGUUUUGCUCAGCCGGGUCCAAAACAUAGACGACGUCCUUCUCCUGCGUCUCCCUGACUUUACUGCUCUGAACAAGCCCAG